AUGACAGCCUCCUCUCCUCCGGCAACCCUCGAUGCCCUCCCAUUCGAUGUCUUUUAUCAGAUCGCCACGUUGCUGGACGACCGCGAUUGCAUUCAUCUGAGCCGCACGAACCGCGCCAUCCAUGAAUUAAUGAACAGUGACCACAUCGCUCGCAAAACUGUCGAGAGUGUCCUUGCCCACAGCAGGGAAGGCCGCACUGCCCUGGCGGCCCAGUCCGGCUACCGCAAGGCUGUCGGGCACCGCUUCGAUAUCCACGAAGCGAUCGCCACGGCAUCCCCCUAUGCAGUGGCAAUGCUGGCAUAUGCGGCGGACUUUGUCUAUCACCAGGGCAUACUUUGCUAUCGCGUUGGGCAUGAAAUUCGUUUGCUCAAUGUGCAUCGUGGAGCCCGCCAGGAGCAGGUUCUCAAUCUAUACGAGGUCAUUCCUCGUCUCGAUGCUGGCUCGCAGGAGGAGAAUCUGCUGGACCCCGCAGCCAGAGUCAAACUCCUCCACUACAGUAAUGGAAUCGUCGUGUUUCGGCUAGAGGGGAUCGGUGCUCAGACCGACUCCUUGGUCGCUAUCGAUAUGGCCCCACGGCAGACUCGCCGUAAGCGAUUACUCAUGCAAAAGCCUAUUCCAGCAUCCGCACCGAUCUUUGUGCGACAUAGUCGCUCAUAUCUCUGGUACAUCUUCUUCGUGGACUCGCUCGGUUCCCACGGAACCUGGUUAUGUCGCGGGGUGGACCUGGCCACCGAUGAAACCAUCCAGUUUCAUCUAGAUCAGGCCCUGGGCGGGGAACCGGGCCAGACCAUGUGCUUUGAUAUUUACCAAGAUCAUCUUUAUUUCAUUUCUACAACGGUGACCUCGGAGGAUGAUGAGCGAUUCUCCUCCUUCUACCACUGGACCUGCUACGCACCUAGACAAAAGAGUCGGAAAUGGAGCGACCGUCUCUGGCGUCGCGAACACCGCGAAGGUCCCAUCAACGAAAUGUGGACGGAUCUUUCUAUCCGCAAGGACGAGACAACUGGCCGCCCGAUGAUUGUGGAAUGCCGUCGUGAAUGGCCCGACGGGAAAAGCGAGAAUCACCGAACAACCUACAUCGAACCCUUAUCCACACCCGCAGAGUUACAAGCUGCCCAUCCCGAAGGAAACACCAAAUCCUCAUCGUCAAGCGACGAUGACUCUGACGAUGAAAAUACCGGACCAAGCAAAGACCCGGUCAUCGAUCAGGAAUACGAUCACCGACCAGAGAAACGGCUCCGACGAAACUACCACCACGAACACGAACUCGGCGACGAUCCAAACGAGCGACAAGAAUUCAUCUACGCAUACACAAAACAUCACUCCUAUGACCUCGCCAGCUCCACAUUCGUCGAUCUCGUCAACGAUCCCACCUCGCAAACAGCAGGCGUCCGCGUCCGAGAUCGCCUCCGUCUCCGAACAGUCUCGCGCAAGCGUAAAUGCCCCAUCGACGAGGAGGGUCUCACUGGCGACCCGGGCCUCCUCUUCCCACCAACUCAAAUCGAUACCGACGGCCGUCCCGUCGAAAACUCCGAGGAGUACUUUGUCUCCCGCGGCGUCCACAUGUGGCCUGCUGACAAUGCCCCGGCUGAGCUACACAACCUGCUCUGCCCAGACCAGCGCUCUGGCGUGGUAGCCGCCGUCGCGGAUGAACGUUCUCUCAUCUACUCCAUCUCUUGCUCUGGUCUACCCAGCGGUCACCAAGCGAUUAUCCUGCUAAGCUUUGAUCCAUCACUUCGCCUCCCCACGUUGAUGCCGCUCCAGUCAAUGAAGAACCUUCCCUCAUUGGAGAGUGCCUUUCCGGUGGCGAUGCCGAAGCCGAGGGGUUCUGGGGGAGGGUUGAUUAGGGAGUCUGACCCAUUAUACCGGGCUAUUAAUCGGGGAUAUUGGGUGCGAUGA